CUUGCCUUGCUGCCGUAAUACGGUGAGCUUGCCAGGCACCACAAGAAUUGUUGGAACGGCGAAGGAGCCAACCAGCCAACUUGAUCUCUUCAGUAAAUGACUGAGUGGCCGGCUGUAUUUUUCAUUCCCACCAUCAAUCCAUUUAUCGCAAGCCAUCGACUUUUUGUUGAGAGGCGUUGUUACAAUACCCCAAACCCUGACUGAGAGCUUCAGCUCUAAAGCCGCCGGCUCUGACAUCACCCGCACCCAGUGCGUUGGGGUUCUUGUUAGUACCAAAUCGACGACACAAUUCCCACCACGACUUCAGAGAAACCAAACCCGAUCCCGCACCAUGGCCUCGUUAAAUCUGUCAAUCAAUGGGCCCUCCAUCAAGAGCAGCUACAAUGCAGUCAUCAAUGCCCCGGCACCGCCAUCUGGAAGCUCCUCAACCUAUGGUCAAUGGGCCCUCUUCUCUGUUCAAGCCCCGCUUGCGAAUGCUUUCCAAGACAGCGGCAACAAGGAGAGCGUACUGAAGGUGCAGACCACCGGCGAGGGUGAGCUGGACGAACUCAUCGAGGACUUCAACGAGGGCCGCAUUCAAUUUGCUUUCCUCAAGAUCAAGGACCCAAAUACCGGUCUGCCCAAAUAUGCCCUGAUCGCAUGGUGCGGCGGAGGUGUCCCGGAAAGGACCAAGGGCUACUUCACAAGUCAUCUGAAUGUCGUCUCCAAAGCCCUCCACGGCUACCAUGUCCAGAUCACCGCCCGAUCCGACACCGAUCUUGAACCUGCCAACAUCUUGCAAAGGGUCUCUGAUGCAUCGGGUGCCAAGUACACUGCUGGUGGAAGUGCACCAGUGAAAUCGUCCACCGCAGCCCCUCCAGUUAAGACCAAGCCUGUCUUUGCGUCAAGUUCUAGCUCCUUCAACCCCAUUGUGGCCGCACGAAACGCAAGUUUGCGACAGAAGACGAACGAUGAUGGCUGGGGUGAUGAUGCCCCUCCACCCACACGAACCCAGUUAGAGAAAGUUGAGUCGGCGUACAAGCCGACUAAAGUCAAUAUUGCCGAGCUAACGGGCCAGAAACAAGAGCCUUCAAGAUUCAAUGGAUCCAGCCAACCCGCUGAGAGACCCGACGUGGUUAAGGGCGCAUAUCAACCCGUCGGAAAGGUCGAUAUAGCUGCGAUUCGAGCUGCUGCAAAGGAGAAACAGGACGAUCGGCCAAUAACAGUGAAAGGCGCAUACGAACCUGUGGGUAAGGUCGAUAUUGCCGCUAUCCGGUCCAGAGCUCAAAAGCCUGCUGAGCCCGCCCCGUCAGAGGAAUCUUCUGAACGGCCCAAAUCUCUUGCCGAACGGAGUGCUGCGUUUGCUCAGUCUGAACGGAUAACUGAGUUGCCCAAGCCCAAGAUUGCCAAGAAGUGGGGCGGUGCCUCUUCUUUCACCGGAACCAAGGCACCAACUCCUGGAGGAUUUGGUCUGCUCGGCCCUGGAGCCGCUCCAGCUGCGGCGCCACUCGGAGGUGCAAGUCGAACAUUCGCUGACCAAGGUGGGAAGACCCCGGCUCAGCUAUGGGCUGAGAAGAAGGCAGCGCAGGGUGGUAGCGUUGCCAGUCCCCCAGCAGCGUCUCCAGUAGCACCUCAGACGAGCGGACAGCAGAGAUGGCAGAGUGGCUACGAAGGGAAGAGUUGGGCCCCAGUGCAGGCUCCUGGGUAUGGCCGUGGUAUCCCUGGACAAAAGACCGGCGAGACGGGGACUAAUCAGGAGGAGACCCCGGCGUCGCCAUCUGGAGGAAUCGGCGCACUGCGUGAUCGUUUCAAGGGCGGUGCGCCCAUCGCUGCUGCAGCAGGUAUUGGAGCUGCCGUGGGUGUAGGUGCCGGUGCAGCUGCAUAUGUUGCUCAGGAUGAAGAAGAGGAUGAGCCAGCGCCCCCUCCUCUGCCAACGGGUGAUCGCCCAUCAGACGCACCCUCGGGCGGCUUUGCACUUCCCGGCAUGCCACCUCGUCCGCCGCCGCCAACCUACGAGGAAGAAGAUGAAGAAGAGCCAGAGCCCAUCCAAGUCGCCAGACCUGUGGCCCGCGGUCCUGAAAUAGAACUUGAACCCGCCGCCGAACCUCCGCGGUCUCUCCCUGUCCGGCCGAUCGAGCAGGAAAUGCCCAGGGAGGAGGACAUGGUCGAGGAAGAAGAUUCGUUCGACCCCCGCGCUGCUGCAACCUCGGUAGCUGAACAACAGUUUGGUCAUGAGCCUGUUGCGGCCGCACCAGCUGCCUCCGGUGGCAAGCGUGCUAUUAUCCAAUAUGACUACGAGAAGGCUGAGGAUAACGAGCUGGAGCUACGCGAGGGCGAGUAUGUCACCAACAUUGAUAUGGUGGACGAAGAUUGGUGGAUGGGCACCAACUCAGCUGGUGAAAGUGGUCUAUUCCCUAGCAACUAUGUCGAGCUUGUAGAAGAUGACAAUGCUUCGGCGGCCGUACAAGCACUACCUCCGCUUGCCCCGGCUGCUGCUCCUGAGCCUGAGCCAGAGCCGGAGCCGGCUGCUGGUGGAAGUGCGGUGGUUGCCACGGCUCAAUUCGACUAUGAGGCUGCAGAGGACAACGAAUUGAGCUUCCCCGAGGGAGCCAAGAUCACCAACCUCGAAUUCCCCGACGAUGACUGGUGGUUCGGGCACUACCAAGGUGGAUCAGGUCUCUUCCCUGCUAACUAUGUUGAGCUGGAUCAAUAGGCAUGUUCUCAGGAGGCAUUUUCCGCGGUACUGUCCUAGUUGAUGCAAGUACCGAGUCUCAGAUCUUCCUCUGCGUCUGCCCCAUCGCCUCCCCUGAUCCGGAACUGGGCACGUACAGUGCGGGUGCGGGUCAAGAAUUGACAAAAAUCUUAUGUUGUAGGAGCACUUCUUGCAGAUAGUUUAUAAAAGUUCCUCAUCCACCUAAAUUGCUCU